AUGGCAUUCUUUCGUAUUGCUAUUUCUACAAUGAAGGACAUAAUGUUCAAUGAUCGAUCAUGGUAUGCAGAGACUACAAAAAAACAAUUUACCCUGCUUCCAUCCGAUAAAAGAUUUUACCUUUCACCAGGUGUGUGGUAUAAUUACUAUUUUUCGAGGCUGUUCGAAAUUUUACAUGUCUUUACGAUAAAAAUUGCAAAGAUUAUCGAGAAAAAUAUGGAGUGGCAAAUGCUUGGAGAAAAGUUGAACAGAAAUUGGGAUAUGACACUCGUUUGCAGCGCAGAACCCCUGGCGCUAAGUAUCAUAUCGGCUUUUUGCAGGAGAGCUUUCGAAAGGAGAUGCUCCCUUACUACUGGUCAUCUCUCGCGAAAACGGAAUGAGUGCGUAGCAGAGUUCUUGAGUUGGUGCUAUAUCCAAUUUAUCUGUAUAAGUCCGACUUUAUCGUUUGCGAAAGGUGAAAAAAACAUUGUGAAGUACAUCAUUAGAUCUACAAGAUUUGAUCUAUUGCGUGCUUCUCAUAUUGCCGCUCACUUUAGUAGGCUAACCACCAUUCCUCCCAGUAAUUGUUAUGUCAAUAUAGUUAAUGAAUCAUUUUCGGCAGGCAAAUGGUCCAGAAAUUUAAUAUAUUUAUGUCAAUGCAGGUUAUCUGGAUCAAGCAAGAUAUCAACUGCCAACUUACGUAAUCUGAACUCUAAUCAUAACCAAAAAGUAUUCCAAAUUUUUAACAUGCUUACUGCAAGAGCUUAUUAUCACAAAAUAGCAACUGCAAAGAACACUUCUCCAGUGAACGAAUCUAAUACCAAAAAGGUGUCACCAGCUCAAUGUACAAAGAAGGAAGAAAAUGGUCCACUGUUAAUUUGCUUUCACUACAUGAAAAGAAAUUGUCGAAAUAAAAAUUGUCCUCGGUUACAUAUGUGUAAAGAAUUUCUGGUGGAUGGAAGAAAGUGUAAUCUAAAGGAUUGCAAGUUUGGUUUUUCCCACAGUCCUUUAGAUGCACACAACAAAAAGAUAAUGUUAAAAAAUGGAAUUCAAGAUAAAAAAUUAUCAGAGUUACUUAAACACCUUCGUAGUUCAUUUUCACGUGUGUGCAGCUACUACAGAGAAAAAUCUGGUUGCUCUAAACCUCAAUGUCGUAGAAUGCAUAUAUGUCUUAAAUUUUGCAUUGGCGAAUGCACCAACUUGAAUUGCGCUUUUUCGCAUAAUUUAAAAGACAAACACAACUUAGCAGUUCUUAGGUGCUUUUCGCUGCACAAGAUAUGGCAUAAGAAUAAAUCUACCGAAAAAGUAUUUAUUCUAUCAAAUAUUUUGUUUUCAAAGAUGAGUCAUACAUAUCCCAAAAAACAAACUUUGAGAUAUGCAUCUACUGGAGAUAUUGUAGAACGGAAUCCAAUAUACCACUCCACCUUAAGUUUAGCUGAGAAUAAUGUGGUUAAAGAAUCCCAAAGUGAUUUACAGGAGGACAAAGGCAGUGUUGAAUCAGAAGAGGAAGAAAGCAUUGAAUCGGAAGAUGAGGUACCAAGAGAGAAGGAUGUAUUUGAUUGCAUUCUUAAAAAUAAAUCAGAUGGUAUUUGUUUAAUAUCUGAUGUAUCCACCCUCCUUAACCUGGAUAAUGAAGAAUCUACGCUGUCAUGGUUACAAGACCACGAACACACAUUUCGAAUUGUCACAACUCCAAGCAAUGAGAGACAUGUUUACUUGUUUCUGGCAGAAGUGCGACCGUGUUAUAAAUAUUGGCAGAUGGAUGUCGGGUGUACAAAGCCUGAUUGUAAAAUGUUUCAUAUAUGUCAAGCAUUUCUAUCAGGGAAGUCGCAUAAUAUGCGCACUUGUAAAUUGAACCAUAACCUGAAAGAUCCACGAGAAAAGAAGCUCAUGCAACAGUUGGAAUGGUCUGUGAAUGAGGAUCAAUUAUUACUAUUACUUAAAACGCGAUAUCCAUACGUUUGUUCAUAUUAUACAAAGGAGAAUUGUGAAUAUGGUGAAGAUUUGUGUCCCAAUCUACAUGUUUGUAUCGAUUUUAUGGAAGGUAAUUGCAAGAAGCAAGGUCUCUGCCGUUUUAAACAUGACAGUGCUUUUUCUGGCAAGCAAGCAAUAAGGUUGAUGAAAGAAUAUCAAAUAGAUGACGACGAUUUUCGAACUUGUGUUAUUAUACCAGACUCAAGUGAAGUAGAAAUAAAAACCGAUGCUACGUCACUUGAUGUGUUUGAUUGGCUAAAACAAGAAGGGAUAUGCCGAAACUUUUUAGUCGAUAAAUGUUCCUCAGAAAUGAAUUGUCAUUUGGUUCACCCAGCCACCAAAUCACCAUAUCUUUGGCAGUACAAAAAAGCAUGCAACAAUGAAGUCUGGAACAACUUUUCAAACGAAAUUAAUUCGAGCAUUGAGAAGAAAUACUGUGACCCAUCUGCUUCCCAGUUUGUAAACCGAAAUCUCCACAUAAUGUUCUCCUCUGGCAUAUCUCCUUGUGGCACAUAUGACGGAUAUAACGUUACUGUACGUCGAUUGUCCACCAUGUCAGCUGUACAGACAGCCGCGGAGGAAGCUUUUAUAUCAACUGAGUGGAAAUGGUAUUGGCAAAUGAAUGUAGAAAAGUGGGAAGAAUACAAGCACAAUGAUAAAUGUAAUCCUUUCGAGAAAGCCUACAUUAAAGGAGAUCAGCAUUGUAAUUUUUCCACCAAUCAGUUCAAGUAUAAACUUUAUUUUCAAGAAAUGACACAAGAAAACCAGGACGAAAAAUACCGAACUAAACGAAAUGUGCGAAGACGACCUGUAUUUAAAGAAGCAGAGUUAAUAAGGAAGAAGUUAGCUCUUUCUGCAUUAUACCGCACACCUUCGCAUUGGCCCGUAACCUUCAAACCUGGACAAAGAAUUCCACUACAGGAUGCUGCCAUUAGCAAAAAACUGAAGGACUCGUUUGGAUUAACAAUGUCAUCUUUUCAAGUCAUCACUAUAGAAGAAAUUUGCCAUAGUGCACACUUUGCACAAUUUCAAAUAAAAAAAGAUGAGUUUUCGAAAAGGUUAACCAAUGUUAAUGAGAUGACUUUAUAUCAUGGAACUAGUCACACCGUUAUUGAUCAAAUCUGUGCUCACAACUUUGACUGGAGAGUAUGUGGAAAGAAUGCUACUCACUUUGGUCAGGGAAGUUAUUUUUCUAAUAACGCAAGUUACAGUCAUAAAUAUUCAACAUCAGAUGCAUCAGGAAUCUUUUAUAUGUUUGUUGCUGAAGUUUUAGUUGGACAGUAUGCUAAGGGUGUUUCUUCGAUGAAGCGUCCUCCAAACUUACCAAACUCUAACGUCGAACUUUACGACAGCUGCGUUAAUGACGUAAACAAUCCAAGCAUAUUUGUCAUCUACGAAAGAGAUCAAUGUUAUCCAAGAUACCUUAUAUCGUACAAACAACAACUGUCUAAGUUAGAUAUGUAUUUUAGAAGAAGAGCUUUAAACAUAUAAACAGCAAUCGUUAUACUUCAAAGUCAUGGCAUUCUGUCGUAUUGCUAUUUCUACAAUGAAGGACAUAAGUUGGAGAAAAAUUGCUUUUAUAUCUAUCCGUAUCAAGGCACAUCACAGAAAUCAUUUUUAAAGUAAAUCACUGUCUAACACAUAAACCUGUCUUAUGCGAAAAACAUCGUUGAAUUACUUUUUUUGCACCUACUUUUUUUGAGCCCCGGUUUAGUGUUCAAUGGUCGAUCAUGGUAUGUAGAGACUACAAAAAACAAUUUACCCUGCUUCCAUCCGAUAAAAGAUUUUACCUUUCACCAGUAGGAAAAAUUGUGCACAUAAAGGAAUCAGUUUUUGCAAGUUUAAGGAGUGUUCGUAAAUUUCGCAAAAAAGACUUUUUGCGAAAGUUAUUAUUUCUUUUUUAAAACGCGAUUUAUACUAUUUUUUUCCCUGAUUUAUCAGAACUUAUGUAUUUUUUAUGUGAAGUUUAACCUCUGUGUAUUUUUAAUCUUUGCCUCUCCUACAAAGGAGCCCUAUAAAAAACAGUAUAAAUUGACAAAAAAGUUAUUAUUGUGUUUCGCAAAAUUUAACUUUAAGGGUGUGUGGUAUAAUUACUAUUUUUCGGUACGUAACUCAAGUAUUUUUAGAACAACAGCUAUUAAUUGAUUUUUAUGAUUUACAUUUACAGUUUGUAAUUAUCUAUAUUAUAAUACCCGUAUACGUCUGUCAGGUCCGUCCGUCCGUCUGUCUGUCACGCAAAAUGGUAGCUUAGCUGCGCAGGUAGCGACACGCACGCAAUGCGGUAUAAAAAGGACGGGCGAACCCGUGGAUUUUUCCACGGGCUAACGACUAGUGUUCUUAUAAUACACUAUUUUAAAUAAAUGUCUCCACUGACUUCUAUGCAAAAUAACUUUUCAUUUCUAUUUCUGUUACCGGUCUCACCGUAAAAACAUACUCCCCUAAAAGUUUACUCCCCAGUAAUAAUUUACUAGGAAAUAAGUACUCCCCAGUACUUAUUUCCCGGGAUAUUGUUACUCCCGGGAGUAUCUAUUUACCUGAAAAUUAUUACUCCCCGCAGGAAAUUUUUACUCCCCUAUCUUAAUAAAUAAACAUGACCUUUAUUAUGCUGAUAAAAAGAAUUUAUUAAGAGAACUUACAGUGGACUACCGAAAGAGUUAAAAAUCCGGUGGGGUGGGUCUGGCUUCUCUUUUUCGGUGGGACCAUCAAAAUUUAUAUAUAUACCAGCUUUUAUAAGAAGCAAGAGUUGUUUUAAGAAAUGUCAAUACAAAAAGCUUUCAGAAUCAAAUGAUUUUAAUUGUUUCUUAUUUUUCUUGCUGGAUUGACCCAUCCGUUUCGGAACAGACGGGCUGAUGACGUCAUCAAAAUAUCUUAAAACCACAAUAUCUCUGUAAUCAUUCGUCAAAAGUACAUGAUCCUAUACCUUUUCUUGAUCAACGUUUCAGGCUGUAUUCCAUAGAGGCAACGGGAAUACAAUUUCGUUCAGCUUUUUAUCGCUUCACAAUCUAACAAGAUCAACCAAUUCUGAGAUAAUAUAUUUUUAUUUGUCAAAAACAUAGGUUCUACGAGCAAGUCCCAGAGUAUCAAUAACAUACUCUGGAAGCUGUUUGAAUAACUAGUAGCAAACGAUCGUGUUAUUGACGUUGCAUAAUGGUGCAUCUUGUUCGCUCGAAAGUCAUAAAAUAAAGUUAUAAAAUAAUUUGUCAUCUAAUUUUGCCGUAAGUUUCUUUCCUUAAUAAAAUACCUGAAAUCACGCACUGUUUUAUCAUUAAAACAACCAAUCUUUCAAUUCUAAACGAAACGAAUGGUAAAACGCGGAACGAUGCUUUUUCACAUUUAAACAAUACAGUUGACUCU